AUGAAGAUAUGUUUGGUUGAUGAUGGAAAAUACAAAUGUUGUGAGUUUGUGAGGGAACGUAAUCAUGAGCUUCAUAUUACAUCAACAGUUCAUAUGCUGCGUUCACAGAGGAAUAUGUUAGACAUACAUACGCAGGAAAUUGAUUUGGCAGAUGACUCGGGGAUCAUGCCUAGAUCCACAGUUGAGUUGAUGGGUAGGCAGGCUGGUGGGAUAGAAAACCUGAGUUGUUUGACCCAAGAUGUUAGGAACUAUCUCCGCACUAAAAGACAGCGUGCCUUGACAUAUGGUGAAGCAGGUAGUUUGAUGAAGUACUUUGUUACCCAAACUAGGAACAACCCAUCUUUCACAUACUCGUUUCAACUGGAUAGUGAAGAACAAAUAACUAACAUAUUUUGGGCUGAUCCAAAGAUGAUCAUUGACUACGCACAUUUUGGAGAUGUAAUCAGCUUUGACACUACAUUUUGCACUAACAAAGAGUGUAGGCCGUUUGGGUUGUUUGCUGGAUUCAAUCAUCAUAGAGGGUACACUGUAUUCGGGGUUGCACUUUUAUAUGAUGAGACAGUGGAAUCUUUCAAAUGA